AUGGAUUCCCCAGAAAAUACUGAAGAAGACAGUACGGUUCAGAAUCCCUGGUUGAAGAGUUGUCUCGAAGACUGGGACGAUCUUGAGAAAGAGUAUCCUCAGUUAGAGGAGGAUCAUCGUACAUAUCAGAAACGUUUGGCUGAAAUGAUUGAAGUGCAACAAAAAUGUUUAAAACACAUUGCACAUCACAGAUAUCGUAUGAAGAAAAUUCAAGAGACAUUAAAACGGAAUAUUAAAGAAAAAGAUUUGAAUCCUGAAGACAAGUCAGACAUGAAGGAAUUACAGCAGAAACUCAAAGACAGAAAAGAAAUAUUUCGGGAAUUAGAAGAAUGUCUGCCUCACAAAAAUGGGUUAUACUUGAGUAUUAUUCUUGGACAAGUCAAUGUUUCACUUCUCAACAAAGAUGACAAGUUUAUAUACAAACAUGAGUAUGAGCAAUUUAAACUUGUGGUCAGCUACAUUGUGAUGGGUUUGUCCUUCAUUCAAACAUUUUUUGGAAAAUACAGAUGGGUUGAUUCAAUUCUUCAUUUCUUAUUGGUGUGGUAUUAUUGUACACUAACCAUCAGAGAAAGUAUUCUUGUUGUGAAUGGUUCACGAAUUAAGGGCUGGUGGAUGACUCAUCAUUUUGUUUCUACAGUUUGUGCUGGGAUCUCUCUAAUCUGGCCAGAUGGUUGGUCGUAUCAAACUUUCCGAACACAAUAUGUUCUUUUUAUUUUAUAUCUGAGUUUUGUGUAUAUAGUACAAUGUUACUAUCAAAAUGGUUGCCUGUAUCGUUUGCGUACUUUAGGUAAAAGACAUGGCAUGGAUAUAACUGUUGAGGGUUUCAUGUCAUGGAUGUGGAAAGGACUGGUCUUUCUCUUACCACUUCUGUUUUUUGGUUAUUUAUUCCAAAUGUAUAAUGCUUAUGUCUUGUGGAAUCUUACUUACGAUAAACGAUGUACUGAGUGGCAGGUAUUUGCUCUGAGUGUUAUUACAUUCAUGCUAGCUUCUGGCAAUACUCUCACAACUCUCAUUGUCAUCAGAGACAAACUCAAAAAAGAUGGCUUCAUCACACUGAGAAGCUUCCGAAACAAAUAUGGCUUCAUGAGAAACACUGAACGACACCCGCCAGCUACAAGUGAAGAUGCUCCAACAGAAAAUAGUCCUGAAAACAACCGGUGA